AUGUUCCCCCCUUCUCAAAGUGGAGGCCAAAAUCAGCAGAAUAUGGAUAUGCACAUGCAUUGUAUCCUUGUGGCAGCCAGUAAUCCUUACCCGUUGCAGACACCAGUAUAUGUUCCGCAACUGCAGAGCGUAGAGAAGAGUGAAUCUAUUGACUCAGAUCCAGGGAACCAGUUAUAUGAUGCUGAAGCUGUUGCUAAAGCGUUUCCGCAGUUUUCUAUUUCUCUAUCGAUCAUCUGCCCAAAACAACUUCCCAAAGUUAAAGCCAUUUACAAUGCGGGAAAACGAAAUAAUAGAGCUGCUGAUCCACCAGUUGAUGCUAAGACCACUCAUUUCCUUGUUUUAGUAUCAGAAGGUUUCAGGGAAGCCCGUGGUGCCUUGAGUCGUUCUGGAGCAAACUUGCCUUCAAAUCAAAGUCCUGUAAAAGUAGAUUCUGCAUCUACAAUACCAGUUACGGGGGCACCCCCAACUACAUUACCAUCAGUGAAUGGAUCUAUCACAAACCGGCAAUCAAUACCUGCUGGGACUGUAACUCCUGCUACUGUUAAAGUGGAGCCAGUUCCCGUAACUUCCAUGGUAACUGGGUCAGGUUUUCAUCAUAAUUCGUCAGUUGCACGUCCUACUAGUACUGGUCAAGGAGUUCCAAGCUUGCAGACGUCUUCUCCGUCUUCUGUUUCUCAAGAUAUUAUGACGAGUAAUGAAAAUGCACAGGAUACAAAGCCAAUAGUGUCAAUGUUGCAGCCACGUCCUGUGAAUCAAGCUCAAGCAAAUGUGAACAUUUUGAAUAAUCUCUCUCAAGCACGACAGGUCGGACAAAACUCAGGUCUUGCUUCAUUACCAUCAGCCACUUCUAAUUUGUCUUCAAGUCCAAACAAUGGGAUUUCACAACCAUCAACUAAUAAUCUUCAAGGAGCGGUUAGUAUGGGACAACAGGUUUCCGGUAUGAACCCAGGAAACCUUUCAGGGGCCCAAAUGGCGCAAGGCGGAGUUAACAUGAACCAAAAUGUAAUGAAUGGCCUUGGUCAAUCAGGUGUCUCUUCUGGAGCUGGCGCAAUGAUCCCUACUCCAGGAAUGAGUCAACAAGUACAAUCAGGCAUGCAGGCGCCUCCAAAUAAUGCUGCUACUGCUAAUAUGCCUUUGUCACAACAGACAGCUUCUGCACAAUCCAAAUAUAUAAGGGUCUGGGAGGGAAGCUUAUCAGGACAAAGGCAAGGACAGCCAGUAUUUAUCACCAAACUCGAAGGUUACAGGAGUUCUUCUGCCUCUGAGACACUUGCAGCAAACUGGCCUCCUGUAAUGCAAAUUGUUCGGCUUAUCUCUCAGGAUCACAUGAAUAACAAGCAAUAUGUUGGAAAGGCAGAUUUCCUAGUUUUUCGUGCAAUGAAUCCUCAUGGAUUUCUGGGUCAGCUCCAAGAGAAGAAGCUUUGUGCAGUUAUUCAAUUGCCAUCACAGACGUUGCUACUAUCUGUUUCUGACAAAGCCUGCCGCCUGAUCGGGAUGCUUUUUCCCGGGGAUAUGGUUGUAUUUAAGCCACAAUUAUCCAGUCAGCAGCAGCAACAAAUGCAACAACAACAAAUGCAACAACACCAGCAGAUGCAAUCACAACAGCAGCAUCUUCCACAAAUGCAGCAGCAGCAGCAGCUUCCUCAUAUGCAGCAGCAGUUACAACAACAGCAACAACAACUUCCACAACUGCAACAGCAGCAGCAGCUUUCCCAGCUUCAGCAGCAGAUUCCACAAAUCCAGCAGCAACAGCAGCAACUCCCUCAGCUUCAACAGCAGCAGCUUUCACAACUGCAGCAGCAGCAACAACAGCUUCCGCAAUUACAGCAACUGCAGCAUCAACAACUUCCUCAGCAGCAGCAACAGAUGGUUGGGAACGGAAUGGGUCAAACUUAUGUUCAAGGUCCUGGACGCUCACAGAUGGUUUCUCAGGGACAAGUUUCAUCACAAGGAGCUACAAACAUUGGUGGGGGGAAUUUCAUGAGUUAG